UGACUCCAUGAACACCCACCACCAACUUGGUUCCUUUGAAUAUUAAUAAUCUUUAAUCCUUGGUCAGCAUUAAUUCAAGCAGAGCAACCUAAUCUAUCUUCAAUCAUGUCUUCUUCGGAUGAAUAUCAACCACCAUCACAUGGCCACUCACCGUCCACAUCACCUCCAGCACAAUAUUCCACCGGUGUUCCAACUCCAUCCAUAGUCUCUGCCGGCCAAUGGUCUACAGGUCUUUGUGAAUGCGACUCAGAUGUCUCAAAUUGUUGCAUUACAUGUUGGUGCCCUUGUAUUCCUUUCGGACAAAUUGCUGAGAUAGCAGACAAGGGAAGUACCUAGUAUCGUGAGCUAAAAUAUCGUGGAUUUGACAUGUCUCUUGGAUGGCAUGGAAAUAUGGAGAGGCAAAAUGGUGGAGUCGUGAUGCCAGAAUUUGCUUCUAUGGAAAUGAAACGUUAAUUAUUAUGACGUAUGAAAAAGGCUCUGAGGAAAAAGAUUUUAAAAUAUAGUAUCAGAGCGUUGUUGACUUGUUAUGUUUAUGGAAAUAUCGUAUAAAAAAGAACAAAAAAGAAACAUUUACCAAAAUUGCAUUUGCACGUAAAGUCUAGACCAUAGCAUGCGGAUACAUUGAUGUCAUAUGUAAAGCCUUCUUUUAUAUGUUUUGUGAAGAAUGUAAGAAUUUUGUUUGAAAAGGUUCUAAUUUAUUUUAGGG